CCAGCAGAAGGUUCACACUCUUACUUCCUUCCCAUCUCGGUUUGUUGAAUGAAGCUAAUAUCAAUUUCCUCACUCACUCAUGGCCUCAUCAUUGUCAAACCAUGACCCUGCACAACCAAAUGCCUUAACAAUUGCAGAUAUAAUCAAAUCUAUUCCUAAUUUGAUCCUUCUCCUCUCCAACGCUAAAGAUUCCAUUCCUUUGUCUUCGUCAAACGCCAUCAACUCCUCCCCCGAUGCUGCCAACCCCGUCAGUAAAGCUGAUAGCAAUGGGAACAAUGUUGCCGGUACCAGCCUUACUUCCCAACUCACCACUCAAAAUGACAAUAGUGUUAGCACAGUUGUUGGAAGCGGCUCUGCUCCUUUGUCCACGGCUAACACUUCUGACGGCUCUGUUUCCCGAACGACUCCUACGGCCACCAGUGGUAACAGCGUUGGUCGGAGCAACCAUGUCGAUGGGAACAUCCAAAAUAAUAACAAUAGCAGCGAGAGGAAGGAAGACGAUGGAAGCCAUAAUGGCGGCGGUUUGAUGUUAGGAGUUUCCGACAAGAAGCAGAAUGAUACAACUAGCAAGAAAAACGACGACAAAGGCACAAUCAACAACGGAAGCAGCAGCAGCAGCACUGUCACUUAUUCUCGCCGCGAAGACUAUCAAAAACUGCAUAACCAAUUAGAGAGAUUGGAGAAAGAUCUAAAUUUUAUUCAAAUUGCCUUUGAAAAACUGAAGGAUCUAGAACUCAAUGUAAGUGAGCAAUUCAUAACUCUUCAAAAACAAGGCCAAAUCCUGAAUCGCGUAGUUAACUACAUACAGCAACCCCAAAAUGGAACAAGUGCUUUCCCAACAAAGCAAUUCCAUGCCAAUAUUAAGGCUAUUACCGAUAUGGUAAUGAAGUUGAAGCUUCAGAUUCCAUCCCCCCAUAAGAUGAGUUUGGCUACUGAAGCCCAUCGAACUAUAGAAACGGUCAGCGGGCUUGAUGCCCGUAACUUGAUCGAUGAAAUGCUUGAACUGCCCUCGAACAAAAAGUUUCAAGAUUGUUCUGCAUUUAAAGAUUUUGAGGAAAGUUAUAAUAGUCUUGAUACAAGUUAUAGACUUUGUUUGUUGUGUUUUGCGGUAUUUCCGGAGGGUGCUGUUGUCAAGAAGAGGCUGUUGAUGUAUUGGUGGGUUGGGGAGGGUUUUAUAGACACUCAAGACGGUGGGAAAAAGGAUGGGGAAAAUGAGCCCCCCAAUAGUCAAAAUGAUCUGAAAAAGGCGUUAGCCGAGGAAGUUGCUUAUAAGAUUUUGAAGAAAUUCUUGGAGAAGGGGUUUGUUGAGCCUGUUAUUAGAAAACGGAGAUUGAUUGGGUUUAGAAUGCAUGCAUGGAUUCGUUAUGCAGUUAUUUCUCGCGCAGAGAAAGCAGGAUUCUUUAACUUCGAUAGGAUGGGGAAUCCUACUGCAGACUUCUCAUCGUGUCAGAGAGCUUGCUUGGUGAAAACUGAAGAGGUAUAUUCUAGGUCAUUGCUUAUAAAAAAUAAUCAUAAUCUGCAGAAAAAUCCUCAUUCAGAAUCAGAGCAAGAGAAACUACAACCAGAGAAACUGCGAACUUUAUUCAAUGUCAAUGAUCCUUAUCCUGAUUUUGAGUUGCAAUGGUUCUUGAGGAUGAAAAAUGUUAAUGUUCUUUGUCUGGGAAGGUGGGACAAUUCAUCUAAGAAGCAUACAGAAGAUGAGGAGGGUAAGAGGCACAUUGAAGUAGAGGGCAUCGAAUUCUUAAAGGGAUUGAAGAAUAUGAAGUAUCUGAAGUAUCUCAGCCUUCAAGGGGUCUCCAGAGUUAAUGUGCUUCCUGAUACCGUUUGGAACCUCCCCAAUUUGAGGAUUUUGGAUCUUAACGCAUGCCAUAAUCUGGAGGCACUUCCAGAUAAGAUAGUGUCACUCAAGAACCUCACGCACUUGGAUAUUUCUGAGUGCUACUUGCUGGAUUGCGUGCCUAAAGGACUCGAGUCACUCACAAAUCUUCAAGUUCUCAAGGGAUUUGUAAUUAGUGAUUUGAAAAUAAAACAUUCUGGUAGUCUUGGUGAUUUAGCAGGAUUGACAAAGUUGAGGAAAUUGAGCAUCUAUACAAGUAAGAAGGAGUUCCCUACAGGUCAAGAGCUGGAUGCUCUUCGGCGUAUUACAGGACUUAGAAAGCUAACGAUAGAAUGGGGAGGGAAAUCUCUUGACAAAUCAGGAACAAAUCCAACUGUUGCAAAAAAAUAUAAAAGAUCAACUGCCUUCAAACAAGACAACGACACUGGGAUAAAUCCACAACUUCCAGAAGGUUUGGAGAAACUGGAUCUCCAGUGUUAUCCAGGGACUAAAGCUCCCAGCUGGCUGAGGCCUGGCAAACUUGAGCACCUUAAGAAACUGUAUGUCAGAGGAGGGAACCUCAGUGAUAUGGGUCAAGCUCGAGGAGGAAAUGAUAAAUGGAACGUUAGAAUACUGCAUGUGAAAUUCUUGAGUGAAUUGAAGAUGGACUGGAGAGAAUUGUGUGAUGCAUUUCCAAAUUUGAUCUAUCUGGAAAAAGUUAAAUGUCCCAAGCUGACUUUCUUCCCCUGUGAUGAGAGUGGAGUGUGGCUGAAUAGAAAAUUGUUGUUCGAUAAGAAGCUGUUGGAAGAAUUAGAAUUCAGUUGGUCUUUCCUUGCUACUAGGUCUGGCUAAAGGAAUGCCACCACACUUGUUCACUACUUCCCUUUUCAGUUCUUCCUCAUGUGGUGGGCGAAACGGUUUCACUUCCUGCUCAAUUUCAUCUCUGAAUAUAUCCCAGCAAAGAUCUUUGUCCGCAAGAGGUAGAAGCCGAUGUAUAUUCUCCUCUCCAACCAUAAUUUUCAUAACUUCCUCACUUCUGCUGGUAACUAUUAUAGUUCCUCCAUAACCCUUUGGCAGUCCAUAAGCAAGGCGUUCUCCCCAUUGAACAUUGCGAGGCAAUGAAGCAUUCAAGUUGCUGUACCAGUCGUCGCUGUCCUGCACAUCAUCCAACACUAUCAGGUACCUCUUGCGCAUCAACUCCACAUGUAGUGCACAGAUUAGCCCAGCUAAGCCAUGUUCAUCUGAAAUUGAUUUCACCAUCUCCUCUUCGACUCCAAGUGAA